UGUGUGGAGCGCCAUUUUGCUUGGUUGGCUAAUGCUUCUGCUUACGAGAGACCAAAAUUAAUUGAAACUUGCAGCAGCAAAGAAAAUCUUUUUUUAAUACAAUAUUCAUAAUGAUCUAAAUAUAAGAGUGUGUGGUUAAUUUUCAGUGUUAAUUAAGUUGUAUAUUUUAGAGGAAACAAUUUAACCACCAUGUCUGCUCACGAGCAAAUGAGGGCAAUGUUGGAUCAAUUAAUGGGAACAUCGCGCAAUGGGGAAACUGACAAACAUGGUGUGAAGUUCUAUGAUGAUUCUGUAUGCAAAUCGUUUUUACUUCAAUGCUGCCCACACGAAAUUUUAUCAUCAACGCGCAUGGACUUAGGUGAGUGUCCAAAAAUACAUGACUUGGCUCUCCGUGCCGACUAUGAGCUUGCCUCCAAAACCAAAGACUACUACUAUGAUAUUGAUGCCACAGAACAUUUAGAGGCUUUCAUACAAGACUGUGACCGUCGUACGACGGCAGCGAAACAACGUUUAGCUGAAACACAAGAGGAGUUGUCAGCAGAGGUGACUGAAAAGGCCAAUUCGGUUCAUGAAUUGGCUGAGCAGAUUGGUCAGAAGUUGGCCAGGGCUGAAGCUCUUGGAGAGGAGGGAAUGGUUGAAGAAAGUGUCAAAUUAAUGGGAGAGAUCGACGAGUUACGUAAACGCAAGGCAGUAGCCGAGCAAGAGUACCGCAAUUCGAUGCCCGCGUCCUCCUACCAACAACAGAAGUUGCGUGUGUGCGAAGUGUGCUCCGCGUAUCUUGGUAUCCAUGACAACGACCGACGACUCGCCGACCAUUUUGGAGGCAAAUUGCAUCUGGGAUUUAUUACCAUUCGGGAGAAGCUCGCAGAGUUAAAAAAAACGGUGGAAAAGCGUCGCGAAGACCGUGGAGCGGAGCGUGAGCGUAGUAGCGGCGGGCGAAGACAUUACGUCGGAGGGAGGGAGCUCGAUCGACGUGCGCGUAGACAUAGGGAGGUGCCUCGGGAGAGGAAGGAUGAGCGUGAACGCACUGACCGUGAACGCGGAGAACGUGAGCGUGAUCGUGGGCGUGACCGCGAAAGAGAGCGAGAGAAGAAACGCUCCAGAUCUCGCAGCAAGACCAGACGCGAAUCGCGAGAGAAAUCUCGCGGUCGUGAUCGAGACGCGCGUCGCAGUCGCUCGUAUCGCUCUACUUCACGCGAAAGGCGGAGGGAAUAAACUACAUACAUAGGUCUAUUUCAACAAUUAUUUAAGUUGCUCCAUUUAGUGGUAACAGAAAUACAGUGUAGACUCUAUAUAGAGUUGCCGUUGUAGGGUAAAAAAUGUUACAUGUAAGCGCAGGGUGGAACAACCAAAGUCGAGUAAAGGUGUUAAGGAGUUUGACGGUACAUAGAGUUUGCACUGUAACUGUAUAACAGUUUUAAUUUUAUUUUGUAGCUGACUUUUUAAACAAUGAUGGCAUGAAGAGCUUUAUGGUUUUUAUCACAGUGCGCAAAUACCCUAAAUUGACAAAUGACCCUGUAUUUGGCUUAAACAGCUUAUUUGAUCAUUUUUAAACGCUUUAGUGAGAAUAAAUACUAGUUACAGCUAUUCUACACUAGGAAUAAGCUCUUAAAAUACUAAGGCAAAUGGUUCAUAUAUCAUUCAUCAUCAUAUAUCACACGCUUGUACUUUAGUGUAAUAGAAUAUUACAUAGAUAUCUUUUUAUUUUGCCUCCUAUAGAAAUGUUUCAUACAUUUUAUUUAAGAGCUAAUAAGUUUAUAAUUACUUUUCUUCUAUUAAAUCUUGCUUAAUUUAAAGUACUGCGUUGAUUUGUCUCUCUACCAUGUUUAACAAAGUGUCACUAAUAAAACGUGGGCAUAUAUUUGUAUGAAACAUUUUAAAGCGUCUUUAGCACAAAACAAAUGGUUUAGACUAAUGUCACACGUAUUAAGGCGUUAAUACUUUGUCAAACUAAUUAAAAUAAGAAUAAGGUACUAAGUGAUAGCCAACCCGAAGACCAGGGGCAGAACUUGAAUAAAGUUUAUUCUCAAUGAAACAUAUUAGAAGACUGUUGAAUUUGAUUUUCAUUGUAUAUUUCAAUCUACCUUAAAUGAUAUUAAUUUGUUAAUAUUAUUUUUGGUAAAGCGUGAAUAUAUAUAUAUAUAUAUUUCGAGGAUUUCGAGUACUGAAUAUAUGUAUUUAAUAUAAUUUGUUCCAAUAGAAAAAAUAUACUAUUUAUAACUGAACUUCUCAUCUUUAAAACAUUUUAAGUUACCUUUAUAAAAUUAAACCUGUUCUAAGAGUUGUUUAAUAUAUGAUUUUACUUUUGUAAAUUCUGCACAUUAGUAUGCAUGUAACCCAUUUUUAUAAUUUCAUUUCUGAUAUUGCCAUCACAAUUUUGUGACGCGAGGUAAGCCAGUCUGUUACUGUUAAUUAGUUUAUGAUAUCUUUGUGUUAAAAUAAAGUUAUAAAAAUACA